CAACAAGAACGUUGACAUCAACUGUAGCACCGCAAGAACAAGAGCACAAGAAGGAACGAAGCGCACGCACAUGUUACUUUUAGUGUAUCUUGGUUCUUGCCGCGCGACAUCAGUGACACCGGUGACACUUCCAACCAGUGUUCCAACAUACGAGGGGUCGAAUGCCAUAGCCCAGCGACUGCGCUCUCUGGGUAACAAAAGUUAAUCUCGAAGGCUAUGCUUUUCCAAACUGUAUUCGACAAAUAUUGCAACUUUACUGUAGAGUAAUAUAGCAGGCGUUUACUAUAUGACCUAUGAUAUUACUCUAUGGCUCUACUGCCCGCUGGCCCCGCGGGCAUAGAGAAAGAUAUUCAACUUCUUUCCCUAUGCCGUUCAUAGCUGUACACCUUGACCGUGCCGCUCGUUUUCAACUUGUUGCUCGAUAAUGCGCGGUGUCGCGUAGUCUCGGGGUGUUUGGAUGGUGUUUUGUGGUGGCGGUUGAUUUGCCUGGUUGAACUGUUGAAAGUUCUUCCCGAGCAGAGCAGAGCCAGUACUUCAUCCAACCUGUCCGCGAUCCCUCCGCCAGCCAGGCGAGAGCCCGAAAGGCAAUGAACGCGCUUCAACGAAAACUGUUCGAGAACGAGUGGGCGACCUACAACACAAGGAAAACAAGUGACGAUUUGGUAAAGUGACAUGCUCGCAGUGUCGUGCGCUGCGCGGCAUGAGUGUGCCAAGUUCGCGAAGCCCUGUUCUGAUGCUUCUGACCUCUUUCCUUGGUCUCGACUAUACCGUGGUGUCGAGAUUGAACGGCGUCCGCGGAGCAACACUUCUUCUUUUCGAAGAUUGGCCACCAGCUUCAACUCAGAUGCCUCGGCCGUCCGUGGGAGGCGGUGCAAGGUUGCAACCAGUGGGGGCCUCGCGGUACCAGUGUCGCUUAUGCCCGUACGCAUCGAAGUGGCGAAGCAACCUGGUGCUGCACGAGCGGGUGCACACGGGCGAGCGUCCGUUUCGGUGCCACCUGUGCAGCCGCGCGUUUGCAAGCCACUCAGACAUGGUGCGCCACCUGCGCACGCAUACCGGCGAGCGACCCUUUCAGUGCCCGCUGUGCCCGGCCACUUUCACACAGCGUGGCAACGCCCGUGCCCACCACCUCCGUUUGCAUGGCUGGUCAACACCAGUGGCACGAUGCGACAGGCUUCCCCACUCUGCCUUUGACCGCACGAAGUGUUCACUUGUUGAAGAAGAAUUGGCCUUUUCAUUCCGACAUGUAGAUUGGCCACCGGCUUCAACACAGAUGCCUCGGCCGUCCAUGGGAGGCAGUGCAAGGUUACAGCCAGUGGGGGCCUCGCGGUACCAGUGUCGCUUAUGCCCGUAUGCAUCGAAGUGGCGAAGCAACCUGGUGCUGCACGAGCGGGUGCACACGGGCGAGCGUCCGUUUCGGUGCCACCUGUGCAGCCGCGCGUUUGCAAGCCGCUCAGACAUGGUGCGCCACCUGCGCACACACACCGGCGAGCGACCCUUUCAGUGCCCGCUGUGCCCGGCCACUUUCACCCGGCGUGGCAACGUCCGUGUUCACCUCGGCUUGCAUGACCUGCCGACAGCAGCGGCGCAACGCAACAGGCUUCCCCGCUCUGCCUUUGACUGCACGAGGCAUUGACACUGCAGUCACUCCUGCAAGUGCUUUCACGAGGCUGUGAUUAUUUAGGAGGAAUUGACAGGACAUGACUUAUUGUCUAAUAGGUGCUUCCCAUUCUUCAUAGGGAGAGAUCGUGUUCUGACCUUAUCAGGCUAUCAUUGCUGAACAAGGACAUUUGGGUGAGUUGGAUUUGCUUAGUUAUGUCAGUGAUCAGGCAUGUUGGUAUUCUGUGAUCAAACUUUUUAGUGAAGAAACUGUGAACACGACAGAGGGUGUGUAAAAGGGUGUUGCCCUCUGUCCUUUUCGUUGUUUCCACACUAAGUUUGAUCUUGGAUUUGAUCCACAUGUUUGGUUGAAAGAAAUAUAACAUGGCACACAGAAAUAAACACAGGCAUCCCCCUGCACUGAAGCAAUGAAAGGCAACUAUACUGGAAACACUAAAUGCAUGCGAGCAUUGCUUUGCCGUGUCAGUUGCAAAGCAGCACUUGCAUGUGCAUCUGCUUACUCUAUUGCACUUUCAGUUGUAACAUUAACAGCAGUGGCAUAGUAACGGAAGGGGGGGGUGCCAGUUUAGUGUGGGGGACGAAUAGUUUAGUGUGGGGGAGGGGGUGUCAUACAUGUCUGAAGAGCCCCCUCUUUCCGCCGGCUUGACUGGGUGCAAGUGAUAAAGAAUGCUCCGGUAACCAGCAGCCCGAGCUCAUGUACCUGAUGUAGCAGAUGUGUAGUGCCGAACAAUUGUUGGCUGCAGCUUUUUCAACAUCGUACGUAAUAAUUGCACGAAUGUGCGGGCUAAAAAUUUAAAUCGCUAAAUGGUUUCUGCAUUGUCAGUAUGUAUACAGCUUUCCAUUUAUCAAUUUUGUAUCAUUUGUAUUAUUUUUUUAUCAUUUUCGCAGUGUCGAAUAAAAACACUGUCUCCUAG